AUGGAGAACAGAUCUGAAGUGAAUGAGUUCAUCCUAACAGGAUUAACAGAUGUUCCACAGCUUCAGGUUCCUCUCUUCAUAAUGUUCACUUUCAUCUACCUUACUACCCUGGUAGGGAAUCUGGGGAUAGUAGCUUUGAGUUCCUGGGAUUCUCAUCUCCACACUCCCAUGUACUUUUUCCUCAGUCACCUCUCUCUGGUGGAUUUUGGCUACUCCUCAGCUGUAACUCCCAAGGUGAUGGCUGGGCUUCUCAUGAGGGACAAAGUCAUUUCCUAUAGUGGAUGUGCAACACAAUUGUUUUUCUUUGGAGCCUUUGCUACUACAGAAAGUUUUCUCUUAGCCUCCAUGGCCUAUGAUCGCCAUGCCGCUGUGUGUAAGCCCCUAUAUUACACCACUACCAUGACUUCAACAGUGUGUGCAUUUCUGGCCAGUGGUGCUUACAUCUGUGGCUUUCUGACCUCCUCCAUAGUCAUAGGAAAUGUAUUUAGCCUUUCUUUCUGCAGAUCCAACAUUGUCCAUCACUUUUUCUGUGAUAUUCCCCCUCUCCUAGUUCUCUCUUGCUCUGAUAUUCAAAUCACUGAGUUACUAGUCUUUAUCACAGGGUCAUUUGCUGUCUUUUUCCCAUUUCUUGUUAUCUUUACCUCUUACUUGUUAAUCUUCAUCACCAUCCUGAAGAUUCAUUCUGCUGAGGGCCGCCAGAAAGCCUUCUCCACCUGUGUUUCCCAUCUCACAGCAGUGUCUAUAUUUUUUGGAACCAUCAUGUUCGUGUACUUACAACCCAGUUCACACCAUUCAAUAGACUCAGACAAAAUGGUGUCAGUGUUCUACACCAUUGUCAUCCCAAUGUUAAACCCUCUGGUCUAUAGUCUUAGGAACAAAGAAGUCAAGAAUGCUUUUAACAAAGCUGUGAGUAGACAACGACUUCAAUUAGAUCUCUUCUUUGUCACCAAAAAAGUAAUCUAG